AUGGACCGACUGACGUGGGCCUUACUCUCUGCUACGUUCACGGCCACGCUGUGGGCAACAGCCCAAGGAAUCUACGUGGACACUGGGAAUCCAUAUGACAACGGAACCCUGGAGGUGAACACGUUAACUAUCAGCCAGCACGACGCACCACUGCUCACUAAAGUCUACUACCCCAACAAGAUCGACACCUACGCAGUCCUGUUCUUCACCGGUGGUCUGCUAGGAUACAUACCGGUGGAAAGUUACAGUAUUGUGUUAAAGGCGGUGGCCAGUCACGGGUUUGUUGUGGUCGGAGUGGACUACUUGCCUCUCGCAGACGAGAGGGACAGAACCCCGGGACAAGUAGGGAGUCAGACCAAGAAAUACUUGGAGGAACUGCAGUGGGUAACACAACACCUGGAAGAAAGAAUCGCACUGCAGCUCAACCAGAGUGGACUGGUACCAGCCUUUGACCACCUAGCGGUCGGCUGCCACUCUGCAGGAUGUGACCCUAUCGUGGACAUGACCGAGAAGAAUCACACUUUUUCAAAGGCUGCACUAUUCUUGGAGCCAUUCAGCUACCACUUUAAAACCCCUGUGAAGUUUAGAAUGUCUGCUUUCAUACUCGGCACGGAGUUCUCGACACAAAAGCCCAUGUGCAUCUACCCCGCUGAGGGGUACAAUCACUUCUACGACUUCUGGCAGUGUCCGAAAAUUGUAAUGAAUGUCAAGGGCCAUGGCCAUUGCGAGAUCUUGGAUCCUCCUACGUAUGCAGAGUGUAAGUUCGCCAAAGCUUGUAAGAUCAACCCUGACGCAGAUCUCAAGAAAUACCGCAGCUUUAUCCAGGGCAUCAGUGCAGCCUUCCUCACCACCACUCUACAGGGGCGGGACAAACUACAGUACAUCACUAACACUACACUACUGCCUGUGCAGCUACUGGAGUUUAAGAAAGACUUGGACUGUUGAAGGGAAAGACUCAAAUCUGGGACUUGGAAAGACGUCAAUGUAUUCAUCAAUUUUCAUAUUUGUAAAGUCUUAUGUUUGCAUCAGGCACUUCCUAUAGUCACGUUACAGAAAUAGACCAAGGAGAAUAUCAAGGAUGUGCGUACAAGUAAAGACAAAGCCUACAUGUGACCAUAGAGAUAUGCCCGUCCAUUCUACACGAUCAAAUGUGUUUUAUGCAUUGAGUACCCGCGGUUUACGUACUUAGGGUCUGGAACAUUUGUAGUUCAG